CUUUCAACAUGCAGGCCAGUCCUCGCUCUAUUGGUCGCUGGUGCCGCUCCCGAUCCGAAACGGCCACGGCGAAGCCCAAUGGGCUGCUCGGUGGAUCGCUCGAAACGACGGGCUCCCGGUGGUUUCGGGAUUCCAGGUUUUCUUUGGUUUGCGCAAGUGAAUGAGAAGGAUUAGAUGAUUAGGAUGGACAUACUUGAAAGCUUUUGUGAAUUGGGAACAAGACUGAUGUCAUCUGUAGACAAAGUGUUCAAAGUGUCUGUGGGACAUAGUGGGUCAACCAAUCUCAACACCAUUCAAAACCUCUGUCAUUCCGACCAACUCACCAACAAAACCUCCUGCGGGUUUGGCGGGUUCUGACCUGAUCCGCCCCAUUCCGCCGGCUUGUGGGCGAAUUCUGGCUCAAAGCUUGGCACCCGCGGUGCAACCAAAUUUUGAGUGCCAGAUUCGGCUGUCCGCGGCUUGUUUAUGCGCUCGAGGUUGUCUUUCUGGGCCCGGCAGAGGACCUCAACAGGAAGAUAGAGCUUUGACACUGCAUGCCUCCGAGGGCUUAAUAGCAAGGACAUUCGAGUCGCUUUCAGUUCGUAGCCAUGUCGAUGGUCAACAUUCCUUCCACAAACACCGACCCUCAGUACCGCUACAAGAUGCCGCGCUUGCAGGCGAAAAUUGAGGGUCGUGGCAAUGGAAUCAAGACGUGUAUUGUGAACAUGGGAGAGGUAGCGCGGGCCAUCAAACGUCCGCCGCAGUACGUGACGAAGUUCUUCGGCAACGAUCUUGGUGCCCAAGCGAACUACACCAACAAGGAAGGCGAAGGCGAACGUUCGAUUGUCCGCGGAGCUCAUCAGCAAGAGGACUUGAGAGUUUCCCUGGACAAGUUCAUUGAGAAGUACGUUCUUUGCGAGAACUGCAAACUUCCUGAGAUCGACAUGUAUGUCAAGAAGGGCAUCAUCCAGGGCCGCUGCAAUGCCUGUGGUUGGGCUGGUGAACUGGACAAUGUCGACAAGCUUGCUGCCUUUAUCAUCAAGAACCCGCCUGAUGAGUCCGGACUCAGCCUGGGCAUGACUGUGGAAGGGGCAGAUAAGAUGACCAAGCAAGAGCGACAAAAGGCCAGGGCACAGAAAGCCAAGGAGAAGCAUGACGAUGACGAUGAGAGCGAGGAAGGUUCUGCUUCUGGCUACAGCGCCGCCAAGGUGGAGAAGAAAGAGAAGAAGGAGAAGAAGGAGAAAAAGGACAAGGAGAAGAAAGAAAAGAAGGAGAAAAAGAAGAAGGACGAUGAUGACGAUGACAGCGAUGAAGAGAAGGAGAAAAAGGAAAAGAAGGAGAAAAAGAAAGAGAAGAAGGAGAAGGACAAAGAAAAGAAGGAGAAGAAGGAGAAGUCCGAAAAGAAGGAGAAGAAAGAGAAGAAGGAGAAAAAGGCGGCAAAGGAUUCGGAUGACGACGAUGACAAUGACGAUGACAAAGACGUCCAGAAUCUCAAGCACGAUGAAGAGCAAACCAAAGCCGUGGUCGGUGUGCUGAAAGAUUGGCUCAAGGAGAACAGCUCUCCGAAGCCAGCGGCCUUCUUCGAGGAGCUUCGCAUGCAGCAGCUCUCGAAGGUCUUUGACAACAAGGUCCGCCUUUUCAUUGCUUUUGAGGCGCUUUGUGGGGAGGCCAUGAAUUCCGAAGCCUUGUCUGGGCAGAAAAAGCUGGUUGACAAAGUCAUCAGCAGCAGUCCGAAGAUGUGUGCAGCGGAAGUGCUUUGGGCCUUGGAUGCCUACCUCGACGUGCACAAAGGCAUUUCAAAAGGUUUUGCCAUGUUGCUGAAGGUCGUCUACGAUGAGGAGUGGGCUGAGGACAAGGAAAUCCUGUCGUACUACAACGAUGACAAAGCAAAGGGAGAACCAGGUUUUCAGGAAGCGAAGAAGCUGGCAGCACCCUUUUUGAAGUGGUUGGAAGAGUCCGAGGACGAGGAUGACGACGACGAUUCAGACAGUGACGAUUAGGAGCGGGCGCAAUCCGAUGAUAAGUCGCCGUUGCCUGAGAUCCAUCCUACAGCCAUCGUACAGAGCGCUUUGCGCACGGACUCAACUCGAGAAAACAGGAACACUGCUGCGCUCCCUCAGCCGGGAUAGAAGGGAGAAAUUCUGGUGAGGUGAAAAGCUAAGACUGAAGCCUGCACCACUUUGUGUUUGAAAGGAUCACAUCAGUAGGUGCUUACGGCGAACAGGGGGAAGUAGACGCACAUCUUUCCGCUCCAAGAUGUUCUUCUACCGUGGAGUACUUCGUCCUUUCCUCUAACCUAAUAGCGAUGGCCUCCAACCCACCAGCAAUGGCCUUGAGCCCACUAACGAUGGCCUCCAACCUCCUAGCAAUGGCCUCCAACCUACUAGCGAUGGUCUCCAACUUACUAGGGAUGCCGUGGAGCACAUCUUCCUUUCUCUUCUUCUCUGCGCC